GGCUUGAAGGCACAGCCACACAGAGACCUUGAGAAAAGAAGAGGAGGAGGCGUGUCUGGCGGGGGCCCCUUUCCAGCCCAGCCCAGGUGAAAGCGAGGCGAGGCUGCUUUCCCUCCCGCGCUGACGGAGGCAGACGGACAAGAGCAGCCCAGGCGGAGGAGGAGGAGGAGGAAGCAGCGGCGGCAAAGCCAGGGAGCCGGCUGCGAGUCGCGCACAACACGACAGGACCCCCACAAGCCGGGCGCGGACUCUUCCCCUCUUCCUUCCACCUGCUGCUUUGGCCGCUGCUUGGGGAUGCUCUGACUGAGCCCCGGCGGAGAAGAGGAAGCCAAUGGAGCCGCUGUGGGUCAACCGGAGCUGUGCCAACGGUUCUGUGUUCACCUUGACUUGCUCGUCUCGUCAGGUUAUUUGUCAGGUCAUUGAGAAUAGCAGCUCCACGUCCUCCUCCAGGAAUCUCAGUUUACACACUGACCUGACUGUGCAGAUAGAGGACAAAUAUGGCUUCUACAUUGGCCUGGCCUUGGCCAUCCUCUCCAGCUUCCUCAUUGGCAGCAGCAUCAUCUUGAAGAAGAAAGGACUGUGCCGGCUAGUGGAGACAGGAGGCACCAGAGCUGGGGAUGGAGGUCAUGGCUACCUACGGGAUUGGUUGUGGUGGGCUGGUUUGCUCACAAUGGGCGGAGGAGAAGCUGCUAACUUUGCUGCCUAUGCCUUUGCACCUGCAACAAUUGUUACUCCACUUGGAGCCUUGAGCGUGCUCAUAAGUGCCAUUUUAUCAUCCUAUCUACUUGGAGAGCGUCUCAAUCUGCUGGGCAAAUUAGGCUGCAUGCUGAGCAUUGUGGGUAGUACAGUGCUGGUGAUCCAUGCUCCAGAGGAAGAGGAAGUCUCCACUCUAGAUGAAAUAGCUUCUAAACUGAAGGAGCCAGGUUUCCUUGUUUAUGCUGGUCUUCUCUUGGCGAUCUGCCUGGUUUUUAUUUUCUUCCUAGCUCCACGCUAUGGGCAGACCAAUAUUCUUGUGUACCUCACCAUCUGCUCUGUGAUUGGGGCUUUCUCUGUGUCUUCAGUCAAAGGACUGGGCAUUGCCAUCAAGGGCUUUUUUGCUCACCAGCCUGUUCUUCACCAUCCCCUGACCUGGAUUCUUGCCUUUACAUUAGUGGCCUCUAUCACCACACAGAUCAACUACCUCAAUAAGGCGCUUGACAUUUUCAACACCUCAAUGGUUUUCCCCAUCUACUAUGUGCUGUUUACUACCAUAGUCAUCACCACAUCAGUCAUCCUCUUUAAGGAAUGGGUCACCAUGUCUGCGGUGGACAUUAUUGGAACCAUAUGUGGAUUCCUCACCAUUAUUUUAGGAGUGUUUUUACUCCAUGCUUUCAAAGAUAUGGACUUCAGCUUGAGAAAUCUACCACCAACUCUUCAAAAUACUGAUGAGACUCCAAUAAUUAGGGAUGACAAGGACAUCCUAAUCGAAAUGGAUAGUAACAGUAUCAAGGAUGACGGGAAACCCAAAGUAUUCAUGAUCUACCGUUGAAACCAAAAAUCAGCAAUGCUGCAGCUGCAGAGACUGGUACCAAAGAGUUGUGUGUGUUGCACAGAAGAAUUUGCAUUAAGUGAAACCUUGUCAUGUGUAUCUUCUGAAAAGAACUACGAGUUUGAGCCAUUCUCCUUUACACAAUGUGUCAUUCCCCUUCCCACUUUCCUGCUUAGUGAUUCCUUCUUUUUAUCCUCUGAAAUUGUACCACAUAAUUUCCACUCUCAUCUGGAAUUACUAUGGCUACUAUGACAGUACCUUUCAAACAAGCAAGUUUUCACUGAUUAUCUGAAGAAAUUUGAUUCUUCAUAUAGUGGUGACUACAGUUGCUUCUUACUCCUACAGAGGAUGAUUUUCUCCUAACAUUGCAAAGAAAGAUUAUAUUGGUCUAGGCUCUGUCAGGCCAAGAAAUGCUUUAAAAUGUGAACUGCGAAACUUGGGAGAAAACUAUUGUGCCUUUUUUAGGCCUGAAUGCACAAUAUUUUGUUGAACUUGUUAUACAGAAGAGACUGGCACACCAUCUCUGCACAGCCCAUAAUUUAAGGACUAUGCAGGGACUGUGGAAGUUCCCGUAAUCUCACUAACCGGUAAGCAACUGCUGCAAUCGACAGGGGUCCAUUCCCCUGUCAAUCAGGAAGUGACUGCAUGGUGUUCCUGGUGUGAGGGGAAUUUGUGAAAGGGGCCCCUUUUCUGCUUAUCAUGCUGAAGAUUGGUCAUGGGAAGAGGUAAAAAUGCUAGGCUGCUGAAUUCAUAGAGGAUGGGCCCAGUCUAUCCCAGCAGCUGCUUGCCAGAAAGUGGGAUUUCUGCAAAGGAGGGUGUCUUGCUAGAGUUCACUGUGUAGCAACAUUACUGUGCUCCCUAGUACACAAUAGUCAUACAAGAUUCUAGUGCAUGUAUUUAUUUCUAAGAAGCAAUUACAUCUAGGAUAAUGCUGUGCUGCUAGAAUAUGACACUGUUUUCUAGUGUGAGAUUUCUAGAUGAGGGUGGAAUGAUAUUGCAUCAUUGCAUUAACUAACUUGUAUUGCUAAGUGUCUUGGUAAUGCCAAGAAAACAGUAGUAUAUACUGCUUCUGCAUUUAUAGAUUCAGUUUUUCUGUCUUUGGGGUUCUUUCCUGAUGGUGAACAAUUUUUUUGAAACUGUCAAGUUUAACCCAUUAUUGAUGCUGUUAAUACUUCUGAGUUGUGUUUCAGCUUGCCCGUUAAUAUCCAGAUGUUCAUUGUGGUUAACCAGAUUAGACUAAAUUGUGGUCUGGCAUCUAUGUUCAAAAAUGUAGGUGUUUAAUAUUUUGUGUCUGUGUGAAACUCUGAAGUGCAUUCAAUGACCAUUUAGCAUCUUGUUGUAAGAUCUUAUAAUCAUGGCAUCUACAACCAUGUGAAUAAGCAGCUGUCUGCAGUGCUCACUUGUGUGGUAGUAAGAAUGUUGCCAUGUUCCCACAUCUCUAUUUUUCUGAGGAAAUAGAUGUGGUAAAAUUAUAUUCACCAUAAUAUGGUGAAGCCACCUCUUCCUCAAUAUAAUCAGUUGCAUACUUGAGUCCAAUAUACUGGUAGAUGUUACCCUGGUGGAAUGGGAGCUAUUAGCAUAACAUAACCCCCAAACUAUGGAAAAGAAGACCAUGCUACAAUUAUGUUAAUGGUAGAGAGCAUUAACCCUUGGGAAACAGGAGAUUACCACUACAUUUGACUGCCCCUUAUGUGGUCUUGACCUUUUUAAUGUUUGUGUGGGAAGGAGAGAUGUUGGGGCUCUCAUGCUACUGGAGUACUCGAAUAAGAUGAAGAGCAUCAAUUGUAAACACUCCUCUGUAUUUACUUAUAGUGUUUCAAAUAUGUAUUGAUAUUCUGUAGUUUCUGGUUGGAGACAAUGAAUCCUAAUGUCAGUCUCAACCUGAGUUGGCCCCUUCAGUCAAUAAGAUUUUUCCAUGUCUUGUUACACCAUUCAACAAUUGAGUCAACAAUUUAGGAAUAAUCAGGUCAAUUUUAUACCACAUUUUAAUGGAAAAGCUAAGUUUUAAUAUCCAAAAACCAAAUUGACUUAUUAAUAAGAAAUGAAAAUUGGGAUUGUGACUGUUUCUAGAUGCCUUCAUUAGGCUGUGGAUGGCAUACAAUAAAGAUAGGAGUGUUAACUUCCUAAGGUUAAUAAACUGCAUGUUCAAUACAAAUAUGUACAUAGACGAAAAUACUUUUCUGCAUGGCCAAAUCCCUGUUAUGAUCGCAGCAGUGUGAAAUGGGAUCCAGACUUGCAAAGUCAGUGAAGUUUAUGGUGUGAUGAUAGACUGAAUGAGAUUAGGUUUGCAUUCCAUGAGCACCACAAGCUUCCUGAAUAAUUAACUCCUUUUCUUGGUCAAUGAAAGUCUUUUUUGUCUUAGUCUGGAUGCCCAAGAAACUGGAAAAUCUCUGCAAUAAGCAUUAAGUCUUUGAAUGUGGGGAAUUAUAUAUUUUUUUAAGAAAAUAAAAGUGUAUUGGGCCAGUCAUUUGCAAAUCAAGAGGCUUAUGUACCACAAGAGGUUUUAGUUCUUGUCUAUUUUUAAUAUAAGUUGUCUAGUUCAUAAGCUUUUAGAAAACAAGUUCAACUCUCUCUUUCAGUACACUUUUCCCUUCCUCAUCACUUUAAAUCACUGGUUUCCAAACUUUGGUCAUUCUGGUAGCUUGGACUUCAGCUCUCAGAAAUCAUGACUGUUGGCCAAGCUGGUUGGCAUUUUAUGGAGGUGAAGUCCAACAUCCCUGGAGGGACACAGUUUGGGAACCACUGCUUUUGUAUAGAAGGAAUAGUAACCUUAACAAUUAGAAAAAUAGCUCACAUGCUCAAACUAUAUUCUAUUGUACUUUGGGAAAACAGACUUGAGAGCAGACUUUCACAUCAUGGGAAAAUGUAUUGUGUUAUUAUGGAAGAGAAGCUCUAAUGUUAUGUUGAUGAUGUAGUCGUAGUAAUUGAGUGGGGUUUUAAAAUAUCUACACCACUGUUAGUACCAGUCAGACAAUUCAGCUUUAGCAAGCAUGCCAUCUUCUUUGGCUAACAAAAUCUAUCUGGCUGGACAAGAGAGGAGAAGAGGAAUCUUUAGUGGAUGAGAGGAUAAAUAAAAACUUAACUCACUUGAAAGAACAAGAGUUGUAACUUGGUGAUAUAUGUCCAUUCCUCAUUGUCCACAUAUGAGGAAUGUUAAAACUUGCCAAUGAAUGUAUCUUACAAAUGAACAUCUCCAGUGUAACUUUGUGAUAGGGGGAGUGGGAUUUCUCACCCUGUUUUGAUUAUAUGACAUUUCAGUACUAGUUAUUUAUACUUUGAGAGGGAGAAUAAAGAUUGUUUUCUAUAAACUCUUCAAA